AUGGCUACCCCUUCCAUUUACUCACAUUCAUCUGUUGUCAUUCACUCAAGAAGAUUGUUACUUGACACUCCUCUUUAUAGUUCCCCACCAUUAUUAUCAACCGUAGCAGCAGUUUCCCCGUCCAGUAUGGAGCCUAGGGACAAUUCAUUCGAUGCAAAUAUUGUUAUGAUCUUAUCAGUCCUCUUGUGUGCUUUAAUUUGUUCACUUGGAUUGAAUUUCAUCAUAAAAUGUGCACUGAGGUGCUCGAGUUUAGGGUCCUCUGAUGAUACCUCGUCUGCACGCCUAGCCAACACAGGAAUAAAGAAAAAGGCCCUCAAAACAUUCCCUAUAAUAAGUUACACCAGUGAUCUCAACCUUCCAGGUCUGAACACUGAGUGUGCAAUAUGCCUCUCAGAUUUUGCUACAGGAGAACGCGUUCGAGUCCUGCCUAAGUGCAACCAUGGGUUCCAUGUCAGAUGUAUCGACAAAUGGCUGAAUUCACACUCCUCUUGCCCUACAUGUAGGCACUGCCUAAUUGAAACUUGUCAAAAAUUAGUAAAAUGCAACCAGGUCAGUCCAUCAGCACCAGAAAUCCUACCACCCCAAGAAGUUCUUAUAUGGAUUGCACCUUUACAACAAGAAGGUUUAGUACGAAAUCAUCAAAUUUAG